AUGGCGGCUGUCAACCAGAACAUGUUCGCCGCCAACGUCGCCUCUGAUCGUCCUGGUGGGGUGUCGCUGAUGCUCCUCCCACUCAAUAUUAUCGCUCAAAUUGUCUCCUAUGUCGGGGAUAUCGCAGAUCUUGCUCGCCUGUGUCGGACAUGUCGUGUCUUCAACUAUAUGGCUCUGCCCCAGCUAUAUCGCAAUCUCACGCUCACCUCAUAUGACAAAAUUCGAUACCGUGGCGAGCUGCCAGAAGGAAGCGGAAGCGCCAGUCCGUUCACGAUGGGUCUCAACGCGGUCAUGACCAGGCCGCAUGCGACACUGGUGCGAUCCAUCUGUCUGCGUGGCGAUUGGAAGGAACCCCAUAUUGGGGAGUUUGCGCAGGUCGGGCGAGUCCCCGACUCUUCCAUGCUGCUGAACGUGGUCGUGAGAGCGGCGGUCGAUCGCAUGAAAAAUCUCGAGAGCUUCAGCUGGGAGCUCAACACCAAAAUGCUCGAAAUUGUCUACGCCGGUCUAGUCAAUUCCCCCCACCUGACUUCCCUCACAAUUCGUUUCCCAUCGACACGACAUCCUCAACCCACUUUUGUCCUGCCGGGAAUGCCGAAUCUGCGCCGGUUGAAAAUCACCGACAUCGACCCGCUCUGCUAUCCUGAUGACAUUUCCACCAUCCUCCUGAAGAGUCGAAAAUUGCGCGAUCUCCGACUGCAUUGGUCCCCUCGCAUGCGACGGGCGCAAGAACCCAGCGUCUCCCUGCACGACCAUUUCCGGAAAUGUAUUGCCGCCAAGCAGCCUCUGAGUGUGACGAAGCUCUCCUUCCAGAAUCUGUACGCAUUUCACAGCGAGGAGUUCAACUUUGCAUUCGACCCCACCACUGUCGAAGAUGUGACUUUCCUCAGUGGCACGGAUACCUUUGGCCUCAUCAACACCUUUAUCGACAACAGCUGGCCCACCACCAUGCCCGAUCGGAAGCUCAAAAUUAAGUCUAUGCGGCUGGAUGCCACCGCGAAGCGUAAUGCCGACUUUCUCGGUAACUUCAGCGGCCUUGAGAGGCUGUACUUUGUCAAUUCGUUUGACAAUGCGCCCGAUCAUCUGAACUCUCCUCGUUGGGCCGGUGGAGGCCGAGAGGGCGCGAAUAUCACGUCUCCGAUCUCUGCCCAAUCGCCGGUGAGGCACGGCAUCACGGCCAACUCUCCGGGAGCCGCGGCCUCGCCCGUGAACCCACUGGGCCUCGUGCUCAGUGUCCGCGACGCUUACCUCAGUCAUAUCACGAUGAACCACGGCGCGACCUUGCGCCACUUGCUCUUGAGUGCCAAAUGGCCUCUCUCCACGUCCGUCAUUGCGCGCCUGGUCCACAGCUGUCCAAACUUGGAGCAAUUGGCGCUCGCGACCGAACCCUCCAGUCUCGACUCCCUCGGCAUGCUGGUUCCAUUUCUGCGAAAUCUGGUUGCCCUUCGCCUCUUGAUUCCUCAUGGAACCCCCGGUGCGUCGCCGGUCACGGCUGGGCUGUCGGGAGAUGCCUGGACGAGGCCGUCGGCAUCAAAGAUGGUGGCAGGCCCUCAAUUUUUGGAACGAUUACCACUGUAUCAGCUCCCCAAAGAGGCCGCCAAUGCUCUUGCCACUGCGAGAGGCCUCGCAGAUAUCGUCAACGUGGAUGAUGAACACCUGCUCAAAAUGAUGAGUUGUGAAAUGGCUGAUGGACUAGUUUUCGGCAAGCUCAGAGUCGUCGGACUGGGAUGGAAAGCCUUCGAGCUGCACGAGUCUUACAAGAUUCCCGUGUCCGAGCUCACGCCCGAACCGUCCGGAGUCAAUACACCGGCUGCUCACGCAGACUUCCUGACCACCGCCGCCGACCAUUUGCCGGGUGCCUCCUAUGCCGACGAUGGAAUGAAGGGAUGCGAGGACACUCCCUCGACACGUCUGGAUCGAUCCACCUCGACCCCCUUGAACAGUCCCCCUGGACGCCCUCCAAGAACCUGCACCACCGUGCCACCUUCUUUGCUCGGAAAACGUUCACGAGAUGAUAGUCAACAUGCCCCUCCGCCUUCCCUCCUGUCAUCGCACGAACCGAUCACCACUUCCAACUCCCCCUGUAACCCGUAUGGUCAAUAUCCUCCUUUCUGCAAAUCCGAUGGCUUCGUGCAUCGACGGCGUGUCAAACGGGUGGGGUGGGAAGUCUUGCAGAACUGGGAGAUUUGGGCCCUCGAUGCCCAGGAGAUUUAA